UCACGUUGCUCUGGUAAUCGGGCUAACAUUUUCCUUUUUUUUAAAUAUUAUUAUCAAACAAUCCCUCUUCCUUCCCUUUUCGUGCCGCCUGUAAGAUAAGAGAUCACGUUAUUCCAAUAAUCAGCCCGAUACUUUACUCUCUCUUUCCUUUCUCGAUUUUAUUAUUUCGUCUUCUUUUUCGUUGUGCCAUACACGAGAUAAAAAAAAGAAAAGGAAUCGUGUUCUCCUCUUGUUUGGUAAUUAGGCUGAGGCUUCUUCUCGUGUUCCUCUUUCACGUUUGCGUCACAGAAAUUUUCUUCCUCUUCCUCUUCCUCUUCCUCUUCUUUUUCUUCCUUCUCUCGGCGUCUCAAUUUCAAAAACGGUUCCAGAGUUACAUUCGUAUGCAUGAAACUUUUACGUACGUACGUCGCUAAGAGUCCCUGAGAGAAACUGGAGUAAUACCUCGGCCUCUGUUCGCCUCCAUUCUUCCCAGCUUUUCGAAGGGGACGCAGUUUCGCUUUGUGGCGGCGGCGCUUUCUUCCAAUCCUCGCCAACGUAAUUCGAGUGAAAAAUGGUCGGGUGUCGUCGCGAUCCAGAUCCAGUAGAUUUUCUUUCCACUUCGAUCUCAACUUUUCCUCCUCUCGUGUCGUUUAAACAAUAAUGCACCUUUGUAUGGAUCUUACGUAAGCGUUUCGAGAUGGAAGGGAUCCGAAACAGGCAUAGAUUCGAAAGGAUUCGAAACUUGUGGAUGGAAAUUUUAACGAGGCAGAAAUAUUUACACGCGACUUGCACGAAAGAGAUGGACUACAAAGAGGAAACAGGAUCGAGGGCAUGGGCGUUAUGCCGAGUGCGGAACCGCGUUCGCUCGUAAAGGUAAAUGAUAUGCAACGGAUCCACUCGAGCCGGCAGGACACUCCAUUAGAGAGUCCUCCGGAGCGCGGGCAUGCGUUUGACGCUCGACAACGUCCUCCAACCGUCAACGUCAACGUGUACGUGCGAUGCGUGCGGAUUAAAGGGUGAACUCGAUACACGCCACUCGGGGAUAGGAGAAAAAGCUCGAUAUCGUCCGGAUUCCUCUUCUACGAGAAAAAAGAAGGGGGAUCGAGUCGAUUUCGAAUCGAUAAAGAAAAAUGACACGUAAUUAUUACUCGUCGUGGCCUCGAACUUCGCGACAUUGAAUCUUGUAUUAAUAAUAAUAAUAAUAAUACGCACGGUCGUCGAUGAUAAUCGCGUCUGACGCGAAAUCGUUAAAUUCCACGAUCCAUAAAUAUUAAUAACACGAGGCAUUUGCAAUUCUAAAGACGUCCUCGUUUAAUAUCCGAGCAAAAAUAUUUGCAUAAAAUUGUAUCUUAUAAUUUAUCGAACGUGUUCGAAAAAUUCGUCUUCCUCCUCGUUUGUUUUCGUGUUCACCGAGGGAGAGGGGAAAAAUAUUUACGUCGAAAAUGCGGGGAUUCAGAAAUUAUACUCCCGACUACAUUACGCUCUCUAUCGCGAGAUCCUUUCGUUGAAAUGUGCAAAAAUAUAUACCGACGAAAAAGGAGAAUGAAAUAAUCGAAAAACAGUGAAAAGAUUGAAAUCGUUACGUUUAUAGUUUCUCCUUUCGUCGAAUAUCGCGUUAAAUAUAUACUUUUUUUAUCUGCCACUUUUUCCAGCAAAUUUUUUUCCAAAUCGUUGUCCGAUUUGGAAUGGAAAAAUGCUGGUCGGUAAAAUUUUGCGCUAGGAAGCAACGUUACGAUCGAACGAAUAACGGAAAAGCUGCGAAUUUCAAUACGUUCCCGGUUCGUUUUCGUUUCGCCGAGAAAACCAAAGUUCGGAAAAUUGGACGGUGGGGCAGUGAAGAAAACAAGUGCAAUCAAUUUGCAAAAUUCAUAUCUUUGGAUAACCUAAAUCUCUCGUAGGAAGGAAAAUUAACAACGCGAGGCGUAAAUUUCGGCGAAAAUUAAUCGUGUUAAGGGUGAACCAAGAAACGAGGAUGUGUAAACGAUACGUUUAGGCUGAUAUGGAGAAAUUUUCGUGCUCGUGAUCGCGUGCUACCAUUCCCAGUAACCCAUCUACUAUGCAAAUGUCAAGUAUCGUGGGACAAGAUAGCUCAAUAUUGUCACUAAUUUGCGUCUGCCUGCUCGGUGUCCUCGCUUGGAAUCUUUUCCUCAUCACGACCACCGUUUCGAGGCUGUUAUCGAUCAAGGUGGUGAAAACGAGAACCAGCUUCAAAGACAUCGUCUCGAAUCAUCUGAACGCCACCGGUGUCCUGUGCCACAGCGGGAAACGAUUCUUGGCCAAUCGCCUCCCCGAGUGUAACUUUAUCCCGUAAGCUCGUAACCGCGAUUACAACUCCUAUCUUUUUUUUUUCCCCAUCCCCUCCGUCGUAUCACGAAUAUCGUUACGUUAAGAAAGAGGGAAAACGAAUUAAAUCGGGUCGAAUCGAACAAUGGCGAAAGAAUCGAUUCGAUUCGAUUUUCGUUCGAGUUAACUUUCGUCCUCAUCCUUUUUCCUAUUGCGAAAUUUGAAAAUGUAUAACGAUGUGAUCGACGUGUUAAUUAUUAAUUUCGAAAAACGAUUCCUCUGAAAGGAAAAAAAUAUAUAUACAUAUAUAUCCGCGUUUCAGCGAGCAGAGGGGUGCGCGGAUCGAUUUGAACGUAGCGAAAACAUUGGAGAAGACGCGGAAUUACUUGUUGAAACGUUUGAUCAAGAUCGUGGAUUUUUGCAAGGGAAAGGGGAAUCGUAAUGAUUCCGUAUCGUCGGUGAAGAUCAUCGAGGCGGAGAAUGCGAAAACGAUGGAUUCGAGCAACGAUCUGACGAGACUGUUGAGAGGGCCGAGCAAAUCGUUGCUGAUGGACAAGGAAGGGUCGAGCGAACGAAAGAACGAGGACGAAGGCGGCGCGACGAGGGCCGCGAGGACGAAGGAGGAGACGAGGAACGCGAGGAAGAGGCGGAGGAAGCGCCUGACCACGGAGAGGAAUUUGGACGUGAAAACGGUGGAGUCGGAGGAGACGAUGGUGGAUCCGUCGCUGGAGGAGAAGUUUCUGGUUUCCAUCUUGGAAGAGAGCGGCGUGCUGAGGGCGAGCUCGAAGGAACUUUUGAGCAUUCAGAUGAACGUGUUGAGGAAAAGUCACCCUUCUAAAGAUCGCAUCUCGGAGAAGGAGCACGAGGACGACGAAAAUCUCACGAACACGGCCGACUCGAGGGAGAAAAUUCCUGUGCCCGCCGACUCCCAUCGCGAGGAGGAGAAGGAGAAGGAGGAGAAGGAGGAGAAGAAGGAAAAGAAGGAGAAGAAGGAGAAGAAGGAGAAGAAGGAGAGGAAGGAGAAGAAGGAGAGGAAGGAGAAGAAGGAGGAGGAAAAGAAUGAGAUAAAGAAGGAGGAGGAGAAGAAUGAGAUAAAGAAGGAGGAGAGCAAGGAGGAGAAGGCGGAGGUGGUGGAGGUCGAAGCGAAUCGUACGGAUGCAACGCGUUCGAGUAAGAACGAUAUGGAAUGCGAGGACGAUCGGAAGGAAAAGGAGGAGACGGUUGGACCCUCUCCAGACGUAGACACGUUGAAGAACAGCAACCCGACUGAAUCCACCAUCUUCUUGAGUCGAUCGCCGACGACCAGCCACGGCAAACAGGAGGACGACCUGAACGCCAUAAUUCGGCGCAUGAUAAUGAUGGAGCUGAAGAGGCACAGGAAGAAGGAGACGGUGCUGAAGAGGGCUCACUCGGACACGGAGAGCACGCUGGCGAGGAAAAGGCGGAGCGAGGACAGCAGAACAGGUCUGUUCGGCGGCAAAGGCCAAACGUUUUUCCGAGAUUUGCUGGAGCUCGAGGAAAGCCUUCGUAAGCGGGCCGACGACGAAUCGGAUUAUCAUUUGUCCGACAAGGUCGGGAUCGAUCGGCAGAUCGCGAAGCUGGAGAAUAGCAACGGCGAGCGAGAGCAAAAUCGGUCGAGGAACGAUAUCGACGUGACCACGAUCGACCCUGCCCGCUACUCUCUCAACUCGAUAGGAACCGCUUACAAGUCGGACUCGAAUAUCGAGCUCGAGAGAAAAGUGAACGCGCCUUGCCUCAAGGAUGCGGAGGGGAAACGAUCGAUCAGGCACAGGAAAGUUACCGUGAUCAAUCAGCAAAAUCAGGCGAACAAAUCAACGCAGACAGAAUACGUGUACGUAAUUCGAGCGGUGAGAAGUUGCCCCCUUCGAAAGAAACGGGUCUCGAUGCAGUUCCAUAUAAAUCAACUAGCGUCGAAUUCAGACGCGAUUUAUUCGAAAACAGUUUUCGCGAGUCUGGAUCUCUCGACAUUCAUCUUCCGGAAAGCUUCGGAUAAUCUCAUCUACGAAAAGGGCAAAGGCAGCCGGAGCCCUAGCUACAUACCCACCCCGGAAAGGCAUCGAUGGAAAUACAUAACGCCUAGUAAAAACAAGUGAAAGAAUACGCAGUUUCGUCCGAAUAUUUGUACCGCAUAAUUCGAAUUUAAUAAUCCUCGAAAUCUUUCGCAAAUGUUUGUUGAACAAAUAAAAAAACGACGAAUAUCAUCAACAAUUAUCGAAAUAUUUAACCGAAUUUCGAAACGAUCUCGAUUCUUUCUCAACUCGUCUUCGACCGAGUAAGAGAGAGGAUAUCGGAAAAGAAAAGUUUGGAGAAACGACCAGCUCUUGGAGAUAAGUCGUCGAGGCAGCGAGUAAACGCUAUUCGAUCGUCUUUGAUGUUUGGAGACAAGCUUUCGACUGUUUUCACCGAAGAAAUGCGAGGCGAGAGAGAGAGAGAGAGAGAGAGAGAUUCAUACCGCCAGUGCAAAUAUGGUCAGGAUUCAAAGUAAACUCUUAAAAGUACGUAGCGUACGUGCUAGGAGACUCGAGUAAUUGUAAACAGUGGUUAAAGCUUUGCGCGGCUGUCGUGUCUCUCGUCGCCGAUUGAUCGCACGUUUCUUGGGAAAAUUUAUUCGAUACAGAGAGAAUGGAAAAAUUGAAUUUUCAUUUCAUUUCUUUUCCCUCUUUGUUCCGUUGUUACUUUUUAAAACAAAAAACUUGCCGAAUUUCCUCCUCGUCGAACGAAACGGAUGAAACAAGCAACAGAAACAAGUUCUUUCUUUUCCUAUGAAAUGAUUGCUCGGCGAGAGAUUGGGCGGAUCCUCGCGAAUAAUCGUUUCUUCGCGAUUGAAAUUUUAGCUGCAGAUCUUUAUUAUACAUUCCGUGAUUGGGUAUCGAACGUUUGGAUGAAAUUUGAACCGUGAAAAUAUUACAAGCGGAAUGCCGAUAAAUUGCCAGGUAAUGGACGUAUAUAUUAACUUUCUCCUAAUUGAGUUGUUUCUUCGAAUCAUUGUUGGAACCAACGAAAUUACAAUAACAAAUGGAUAUUAAAGAUUUAUAAUUUAUCUCCUCGUUUCUUAGAAAUAACUCGAUUCGUAUAUUGGGAGAGAAAGAAAUUUUAUUCCUCGACUAAUUUUUUCCCGCCUCUGCGAUUAUUAUUAUCUUUUCGCGGUAAAUCGGAUGCAAUAUAAGAAAUGUAAUAUCACGAAGAAAAAUUUCCUUUUCAAAUCUCAUUUUUAAAUGUAAAAUAUAAUUGGAAAAUUUUUUUUUUUUUUUAUCUCGUUUACCUCCGAUUAAAUAUCGUUACAUCUC